AUUGUGAGGUGCACCCUUAUGAUUCAUGGCAGUCGAUGGGUUAACAACUAAUUGAACAGCAUACCUAGUCUAUGUAGGUGUCUUAGCCGCUUUUGUCGUAGCGUGAGGUUCAGGAAUAAGAUAAGCUAGCCGAAGGACAUGAUGCAAUCUGCGUGUUGACACGCGUACGUCACGUCACAGCACCCACCUCCAAUCGCCUACUUUACGAAAUCUACCAGAAGCUGACUUGCGACGCAGUGGUACAUUAUUCAGCACGGAGACGACAUGGUCGGAGUGGGAGGGAGAAGUAAAGCUUGUGACCAUUGUCGGCGUCGGCGCGUCAAGUGUGAUCUUGCCGCGCCCGAGUGCGCACGAUGCGUCAAGGCGCAUUUGAAAUGCGGGGGCUGCCGCGGCCUCAGCUUCAUUCAAUACAAUGGACACAGAACCACCCACGAUCCCACUGACAUCAGUGACAUGUCUCGAGCGGCAUCGAUCACAGGGUUGAAGACCACGGCGCAUUUGGCUAUAACGCCACGGAGGCACGGGGUUAUUCCAAUACGAAUUGCAAGACCAUACGUGACACCAUGGUCUAUGGACGAUGUUUACGCCUCGUACGCGAUGAAUCACCUGCUGCAUGAGAGCGAGGAGGUUGUGGUAAAACCUGGCACGAAUCGGACAUUGACCAACCAGUGCUUUAUCGCACUUUCUACUACCAUUUUCGGCAUCGAUCAGAAAGAGCCACAAGUUUUGCAACAUGGUCUUCACAGAUAUGGUACUGCGCUCAAGGCUCUCAACAGGGCGCUAAGCGACCCCAAAGAAAGUCGAUCUUUCGAUGUUUUAGAGGCCAUCAUUGUCAUGGCUGUUUUCGAGAUGAUCGCUGGAAACCGUGAAGACGGGUGGAUAGAACAUGCGCGGGGCCUUGAAAGGCUUCUCGACUUUCGAGGACCGAAAUCCAUGCAGCCACUGCCAUGCUUGGUACUGUUGGAGAAGGCUCGGCCGUCAAUGAUAUUUGCUGCUCUUGUCACCCGCAAAAGUACAAUUCUUUCAGGGGCUUUAUGGAAAGGUCUUCCAUGGGUGCAAAACCCCGAACGGAAGAACCCACUUCAACUGCUUCUUGACGUCGUUGCAGACUGUCCCGAACUCUUUGUUCUGCGAGAGAAGAUUUUCGGUCAAACGGACGGGCCCCCUUGCAAAAUAUCGCUACUGUCUCUUCUGGAAAUGGCACAAAGGGUUCUAAACGACCUCGAGACAUGGGAGAAAUGCUGGUCGUCAACCGAGUUGGAUCGGUAUGACCUCGUUCCAGCGCCGACCGCUACUACACCAGUGCGCUCUGGAUACGGAGGGUCCUGUGGACCAGUCUGGAACACCGUUCUAAUGUAUCACAGUCUUUAUAAUGCCAGUAUCUCAACUCUAUUUCACGGGGCCUUGAUCUUACUACUACUCCUGAUCCACAGUCUGCGGCUUGCGCUACGAGAUUUAAUAGAUCAUGGGAUCGAGCGUGAGCCCAUACCAGUCAGGAUACAUGAAUCUGGCAUUCAUAUAUGUCGCAGUGUGGACUACCACCUCGAUAAAUUGCGAGAUAUUGCAACUUCUUCAGUCCUGUUUCCAAUCAGAAUGGCUUAUGAGGCUGUUGGAAAGUCGGACGAAGUUGUUGGGCUGUGGCUCAUGUUCCAGCUCAAACACAUUUCAGCCGGCUCUACUGGUAGAUGGGCCAUGGCUCGACACGUGCUCUGCUUGAACCCUGUUUCAAACAUCACGUCAGAUAGGCUGAUACGUGACUACUCGAAAUGAUGGUCUGGAUGAUAUUCAGUUCAUCGGCCGUAGGGGGAUUGCUUGCUAUUGCCUCAAUCAUUAUAAUCCGUCCAAGACUCUAUCAAUAAAAACUCAAUCUUCCCUG